AUGAAGCCAAUCUCCUUGUCUCAUCCAGGACCUGCAUCAUCUCUGUGCCCAAGCUGUCCCCUGAGUUCCCCCUCCUCCAGAGCUUCCUCAGGGUGGUACCACACCAGCAGCCUGCCCCAGGAGCUCUACAUCUUCCACUGCUCUGGCCUGCUGAAGUGGGUGUAAUAUAAAAAUGUGAUUGGGUACAAAGUGCAUUUUCGUAGCAUGCAUCUAAUUGUUUAUCUUAGGAUCAAACCGAGAUGGAUGUUAAUGGGGAAUUGAAGAGAGACAUCCCCUAGAUCAGUGGUCACCAACCUUUUCUGAGUCAAGAUCACUUUCUGAGUCAAAAUGCAAGCCGAGAUCUACCACUCAGAUAAAAAAAAAAGAAAUUUAAGCCCAUGCAACAUUAACCAAUUAAAAACAAGUUAUGUAGCAAUUAGGUUUGUGCAGUAGACUAUAGGCCCAAUACAUUAUCACUGCAUAUUGGCUAUGCUUGAAUUGACCUGCCAAUGUGGUCCUCUGUAGCUCAGCUGGUAGAGCACGGCGCUUGUAAUGCCAGGGUAGUGGGUUCGAGCCCCGGGACCACCCAUACACAAAAAAUAUAAUAAUAAUGUAUGCAUUCAUGACUGUAAAUUGCUUUGGAUAAAAGUGUCUGCUAAAUGGCAUUGUGAGGCACAGCUAAGUGAGCAUGAUAAAUCUUUUUUUUACUGGACUGAUGGCCUGCAUCUGAUGGUCAGUCUGAGGGGAGGGAGCAGCGGUGAGGCAGCCUCUCACCCGACUCACCAUUCCUCCACUCUCCUUUCCUCCGCUUACAAAAAAAGGGGAAACAGUCUUCCAGCUGAUGGCAAAACUCAAGUCACACUGCAUUAUUUCUGCCUUAUGCACCAAUUCAUGUUGUUACUCCUAUGACCAGAGAAAGUGAAAUAUUCCUUGAUAUUAAAAAAGACACAAGCCGCUAAUAAUAACAACGCAAGCUUAUCGGAACACUUUGCUAUGCUCAUUCAUUCAAAAACAGCAGCUCUUUGCUGUAUUCGUUGAGUUUCUCUCUAGUCAUGGUUUUUAAAGUUUUUAAAUGUCAAAAUAUAAACUUUGCUGUGCGUUCUAGGCUUCUUUUUACAGUCUAUGGCUUGAGGAAACUGCAGACACGGUGAUCUGCCGCUAAUAAUAACAACGCAAGCUUCUCGGAACCCUUUGCUAUACUCACUCAUUGCAGCUGCUGUGCUGUUCAAGGUUUAUUUUUACAGUCAAAGGCUCGAGGAAAGUGUGCAGACACAGUGAUCUGAGCUAUCUGAUUGACCAGUGGUAGACCUAUAGGUGCACUUCGUUUGCUCUCUGGGCCUGCCGGAUAGGCAGAGUUCUACCUUCGGACACAUGAAAUGGUUGAAAAUGGGAACACUUUGCCUUCCCGGCGCUAGGACUGCUGAAUCAAGUGCACCUACCGCCAAAAAACAUUUUUAAAAAUAGGAACGUUGGCUUUUUUACAGAAAUGUUUGGUGAUCGACUAGGAAUGUCUUUGAGAUCAACCAGUCGGUGACCACUGCCCCAGAUGUACUGUAAAUUGCUUGUGUAAUGUCAAGCAUGAUCUUGUUGUCUUCUCAGGACAUUUGACAUGAGGCUGGUGGUGUCUGCAGACAGGCCUGCUGUCUGUGACAUGGUGAAGAGACUCAGUCUGCAUGAGAGCCUGCUGGGGGACCUGGAUGUGUUUUACCAGGCCCAUAGAGACAUGGUCAGUCACAGACACAGAGGGCAUAUUACUGCCAAUAGGACACAGGAUAGUACAAUAACCACUAGCUCCAUUUACCUUAGCUAGUCUCAGUAUAUCAAUCAAUCACACAAAACAGUUCCAGUGAUUACAAUUAUUAUGUUGGAAGACUUGGAGUAUCACUGAUUGAUUGAUGGUUUUUGAAAGGAACCAAAUAAUUACCAUGUAAACCACAGUACCAGUGGUGAUUGACACCCCAGCUGUCAAACAUGACUAUGACAGAGCUCCAACACAGAUAAUUACUUUGGAAAUGAAAAUGGAACCAUAUUUAUGUGUAAUAUCUCAUCUCCCGUCCUCUUUUUCUCUGGGUCUGUCUUUCAAGAUGGAACGCCCUUGUAGGUGUUUGUGGCCCAUGUUCAGAACCAACUAGUUGGGAUUGUAAUUGUUAGAAAAUAGGAGGCAAUUUUCUUGUUUAUCUUCACUAGACACACUCUCUCUCUCUCUCUCUCUCUCUCUCUCUCUCUCUCUCACUCUCACUCUCACUCUCACUCUCACUCUCUCGAUAUAGAUUACAUCUGAGCCAACUAUAACAUUGAAAACUUCAUCUACUUCAGCCCCCACCGCUAUGAGGAGCACGGCAAACUGUCACUUUGCCCUCAACCCCAUCUUCCAGCACUACGCCAAACACUUCCUGAAGGAGGCGCUGCAGCUCGUCCACAAAUCCUGCCUCUACUACCCAAUCUACCCCUCCUACCACAGCCAGAGGGUGAGAGAAACAGCCUAAGGACCGUAAAGCUUGCAUUGAGUGACUCCUCAAUGUGCUCAUUCCAGAGUGUGUGCGUGCGUGCACGUUGUGUUCAGUACCAGAUAGCGCCUGCCCAGCCACCAGCUCUCUCCAGGGUUAGGGCAGCAGGUGCUGAUAUAAGACUGCCAGCUCCAGCUCUCUGGACUGUGAGAAGACAUUUCCUCACUGUGUAGAGGCCUCCUCCUCCUCCUCCUCCUCCUCCUCUGCUAAUUACCUUCAACAAACAUGCACCAGAUUGGGAGAUGAGGGGUAAAUAGAAUUAUGGAAUUAUGGAAAAGCUCAUGGGAGAGGGAAUCAUCAUUUGAGCAGUGGAUGGUGGAGCAUUGGGUUGGCCAGCCAUGACCGAGGCAGUAGAAGUUCUAUAAAGUAGAAGGAGUUUCUUUCUAUUCAGGAGCAUGUUGAAGGGCAUGUAAAACAAAUGGCACCUUAUCCCUUUACAGACCUCUUAUGGGUCCUGGUCAAAAGUAGUGCACUAUAUAGGGAAAAGGGUGCAAUUUGAGAUGCAUCCUAUAUCACCUUAGACUUGGCACCUGUUAGUCACCCCCAUCCCUUGCCUCCAUCAAUGGUAUAGCUCAUAGGUAUCACUUCACCUGACCUUUGCCCCUUUUCUUCUCCCCUCAGAACUCCUGUGCCAAUUACCUGACCUCUGUCCUGAACUGCAUGGUCCCGGUGCGCCCGCCACGCCAGAUUGUUUACCCUCUGGAGGAGCUGGGCAUCAACACGCCAUCCAAGCCGAUCACCAAGGACCAGGUGGGCACAGCAGCAGCUGGUGAAUAUGAUUUAACAUGCCAGGGAAUGCAAAUGGGCAAAUAACCACUAACUCCAGGUUAACAGAAUGAGCGGGAGAGAGAUGAUACUAGACAGAGCUAGAGUAGGGAGAAAGAAGGGAAGUAUCUUUAGUGUGAGUCAUUUACAUGCCCACAAGAGGGCGCUGCUUUAAAAUUGAUGGAUUUCCCACUUAGCGCGGUGUGUUUAUAACACAGAUAUUUGUGUCAAACAGUAAAAUAUUGUGGUGGAUUAAAUUAUUUUAUGUGACUGAUAAUUAUUCAAUCAAGACUAAGGAGUCCCAUGUACAAACAGCAUUGCAGUUUUGAACAAUGCAUAUAAUGAGCUGUAGAGAUUUUUCAGUGGUAUUGUAUAUGCACAGCUUUUCUUUAAUAGUCUUUCCAAACCCACCUCCGCAGGUUAUUUUUAAAGAGCUUAUAUUUAUAUAGAUGAGGGCAGCAGAUGGUUGCUCUGACAGAUGGUUGGGGAUGUUUGCCUCUGCUGUUUAACAAGGUAUAGCAGCAUAGUCCACUUAUCACACUGUCAUAAACCAGUGUCUGCCGCACCUGGGCUGUAUCUCAAUAGUUGUAACUAGCUUCCUCUCCUUGUGUCCUUUUCCUCCAUGAUCACUAAUCUGGCUGGAAAGACAGGUGGAAGCAAAAUAGUCUAAAGUAAACCUAACCAGUCUGUUCACCUAUAAGGUCAUGGAAAAAAGGAGACAAGGAAAGGAAGCCAUUUCAGACUAACAAAACAUAGCCCUGGACCUGUCCUUAUUCGCUUAAUCAAACACUUGUGUUGGAUUUGCUGCAAAUGUAAUGUUAUUCUAAAAUAACGUUACAAUAAGUUCUAUCAGAACUUUAUAAGGUAAUAGUUUCACUGUUUUACUUUUGCUAAUCACAGCACAUUCCUUAUUUUAUUUUACAGUCUAUAUUCUCAACAUUUUGUAAAAUAGGCCUAAUAAUAUCAAUGGCGCUUUAGUCCACAGCAUGUUCUGAACCAUAAGAUAGACGCAGCACAGUUAUGCAACAUGUUGCUGUGCUUUUUAAUCUUAGAUCAUAGAUUUAAUCGGAGACGAAUUGUCCCUAUAUGUGUCACGUGUAUCGCAUGGCACUCCCCUCUCCCUCAGUGCAUUUGCAGAUACACCUGCAUUCACCCAUUCCAGCCCAUCCAAUUUAAAAGCUCUAUUUAGUAACACGGCAACCAUCAUAUCCAGGCUGCCGUGUAGAUAAGAGGAGAGCAGAGAGCUGCUUCGCAGCUUUGUCUCUCAGGGUGCAUCCCAAAUUGUACCCUAUUCCCUAAAUAGUACACUACUUCUGACCAGAGCUCAAUGGGCCCUGGUCAGAAGUAGUGCACUAUGGGAAUAGGGUGCCAUUUAGGACCCAGAUGCAGCUUUGUGAUGUAAGCCUGGUGUCUAGCACAGAUGUAUUAAUCAGAUUUAAAGCACCUGUUCCCUCUCUAUCAAUAUGGGAUCAUAUUACACAGUGCCAUGGUCACAGCACCCGGCCAUUAUGUUAGAAAAAGGUUAGGCAGCAUCUCCACAGGGAUAGGAAAUAGGGACAGAUGCACCUGCCCCACGCUAUACCUAUCUGCACAUGACAAAUCAAGGUGAUUAUUUUUGAGGGUGUUCUUUACAAAGUGAAAUAAAGAUGUCAUUAGCUGAACUGAUAAUUUUCCUGCACUUUAAUUACAUGGGUUUGAUAACAUUUGCUCAUUUUCACAUGAAGAGUUAGAAUUUACGUUUUAUGUUUACAUGUGUUCUUUUAAGAACAGAGCAGGUGCUACUGGCAGUAACAAAUAUUAUUCAAAGGUUAAUUCCACCCCCCCGUUUCCCCUUCCUUUGUGGUGUGCUGCCAUUUUCCAUCCAACAAGGUGUAUAGGGGAACCAAUCUAGCUAAUUAGGAAUGCUCAAGGACCAGUUAGUGCACUAAAAUCACUGUGUGAUUAUUAAUAAUCCAUGUCAGCAUUUGGAGAGAUGGAAAAUUCUGUGGAUAACACAAUGUUCUCUGCAACUAUUCUUACUCUGUACCAUAUGUUGAAUGCUCUGACAUUUGGACAUUUCUUUUCAAAAGGGCCAGUACCCAUAAUGAAUGAGUUAGUAUUUAAGUAGGAGCGCUGGCACUUAUUAAGUUUCACUCAGUGCUUCCAGUGCCUCCGUCUAAUAUUAAGAAAUGUCCAUAUUGUUUGGUAUGAACGCUGCUAAAAGAAUAUUAGAAUGUUUGGGCUGAAAGCUGGUACUUUCUUUUAGGUAGUUAAGUGCUCAGGGAAAUGCCUGUCUAGGGUUUAGGCCAUUGUCAUUGAAAGAAACCCAAAUGGAAAAAUGGUGUGCACAUUAUUAAUACAAAUAAAGCUUUAAGGAAUGCAAUAAUUGUGUGUGGCAUGUAUAUUGGUUAAAUUGCUGGAGUGACUGAAAUAUUAACAUUUUAGGAGAGACAUGUUUUGAAAUAAUCAAACAAAUGAAUCUUUUACUUUUAUAGACACUCUCUCCCUCUUUGGCCCAGGCCCCAUAUGCACUCAACCACAUCAACCAAAAACUAACCAUGGAACCAAAAGUCACCAUCGAUGCCAGGAUUGUGAUAGUGAGGGCAUCAGACACUGGCUUAGCUUUUUUUCCGAGGUGCUCGCUUUUUGGUAAGUAUUGAGAAAUUGAAUACGAAGCAUUCAUAAAUUGCAUUUAGAAAUGUGUGUUUUGGUCCAGUUGAGAGGUGCUUAGAUCUUAACCCGUAUCUGAAGGGCACAAUCGCCAGAUUAUAUGACUUAAUACAGAAUAUUAAUCCGCCUUCCUGGGCAAAUACAAAAUCUGCAUGGGAGCAAGACAUGGGUGGCAAGCUACCCGAUGACAUAUGGCAACAUAGUAUUGAGCGUAUCUACACCUCAUCAUUUUGCAUAAGGCACAGGCUCAUUCAGUUCAAAGUUUUGCACCGUCUCCAUUGCUCAAAUGACAGACUGGCAAACAUAUAUCCAAAUGUUGAUGUCAAAUUUUUGAGAUGCCAUCAGAGUCCAGCAACUGUGGGACGCAUGUUUUGGUCAUGCCAGUCUUUCAGUGGCUUCUGGGACCCCAUUUUUGAGCCAUUCUCACACGUGUAACAAAACUAUUAGCCCCAACCCAUUCACUGCUAUUUUUGGAGUACUUCCCCUAGAUCAGAAUGUUACCACGUAUCGCUGCUAGCUCGCCGCCUUGUCCUCUUUCACUGGAAGACUGCAAAGCCGCCUUCCUUUAUGCAGUGGGUUAAGGAGGUGAUGUCAUCUUUGCCUAUGGAAAAGGUAAGGUACACUGUGCAUGGGUCCCCAUUCAUAAAAUACGUGGAGAUCCUGGAUUUUACAUAGUGUAACUAGUAUAUAUUAGUAAGCAGUCAUGUCGGAUCUAGUGGCCAUAUAUUGUGCUGAUAAGUUUCAAUAAUAAUUAUGGACACCGAUUUUUGUAUUUUAGUUUAGUUUUAGUUUCUAUCAUUGUCUAUUUUUUGUCUUAUUACAUUUUCUGUGAUAUCCUUGUAUGACGCCUUGGUGGGGUGGGUGGAUGGGAGGGAUGGGUGGGUGGGUGGGUGUGUGUGUGGGUGGGGGAAUAAGGGGUUGGGGUUGUUGUACGGUUUUUCUUUCUGUUCUCAUAUCUGAAAAUCUAUCAAUAAAGUACAUUCAAAAAAGAAAUGUGUGUUUUAGAGGAAGCUCAAUGACAUCCACCUCUAGAUGAUUGUAAUUAGUGGGAGUGACUGUUAGGUAUUAGAGAAGCAGCUUGUACAGCUUUAACAGCUGUGAUUAGUAGAAACAUGAGUAGGGAAGCUAAUAGGCAUAACCACCCAGAGCAACAUGUGUGAACACAUUACCAUCCCUUUUCCCACCAAGGCAAUUUAUACAACCAGCUUACUAUUGGUGUUACUCUGAAUUCAUGGUUACCUUCAAACAAACACCAACAGCACACCUUUUGUUAUUACAGUAUUUUUUGCAUAGUCAUAAAUAAGUCGUUUUCUUAACUCUUCUUAAUCUAUCUGCACAUGCAGUGUGUGCCGAUUCUUGUUUCUCAAAGUCUUGAUGUUUGGUUAAAUGAGGCAUAGUUCUAGGCUUGGAUGAAGGCCAGCACACACACGACAACCCUCCAUGACAAUGAGUAAAAACACUUGUCUAAAGUGUCUGUCAACAGCAUUCACUUGCAGAAUGAGUUCUCCAGCAUUUGUCUUUUAUUCCAGGAAUCCAAUCUCUGAAAAUGUCACCAGACCUUUGAUUGGUUAGAAAGUGGAGGCGCUGCUACAUGUUUGCAUUCAUCCCAUCUUUGUGAUUAACUGUUCCUCCAAACAAUAUGGCGUUUAGGCCUGCUCAUUCACCAUGAGCCGAUAACUGCCAGGCAACCGGGUCAUUGUGUGUGGAUGUGAAAGCAGCGCGGAGGGAGGGAGUGUGCAUAACGCAGGGAAGGGGUUGGCAGGCAGGAGCACCGGGGCGUUGGGCACACAGCUGCCUGGGGCUGGCAUUCAGGAGGGCCGAGCGCUGGCCCUUUAAUUAGCCACUCCACUGUUCUCCUGUCAGGGAUCUUCUGCAGCGAUCUGUGUUUGCUGUCACUAAUGACUUGACUAAUGAGGCAGUUAGUGUCCACUAAAUUAAUGGUGAGGCGGUGCUAGUAGUGGGCCUGGGUGAGUGAUGGGUCAGCUUGGGCCCUGCUGGGCCCCCUUAUCAGGCCAACCCAAACGGCUGGCCUCCAGCUUUCCAUCCUCCUCCAUCCAGCCCACCCCCCCCUCCUCCAUUACUCAGUGCGACAGGGUCAGAGUUGGGGGAAACAGGGCAGACAGAUAAAGAGGUGUUGGUGUGGUGGGGCUGCUCUGCCUCUCUGCCUGGUGGUCAGUGGGGUGGGGGGAGUGGGGGGAGUGGGGCGUCGGGGUCACAGCGGCCGUCUGUCAGCGCCUGAUAACAGACAGACAGAAAGCCAGGAGCUGGUGAUUUGGUCACGUCCAGAGCCCAAUAACAGGCCUUAAUGCCUCAGUGCUGGGAGUUAAACCCACCUUCUGGCUCAGAUUAACACAGAAAGUUGGAUUGAACUGAGCUCUGAUUAUUCUCUGUUCAUCAGAAAAAGUAACGUUAUGACUAUAACUACUGUUCCCUGAAGGAAGGAAACAAGGUACAACAUACUAUGGGGGAGUCGCACUCUCGUAACUUCGGUUGAAGGAUCUAAAAUCACGCCUGACAAGGCCAAUGAAAAAUGUGCCUCGCUGGAAGCCCUGCCUUACACAGGUGAUAAGCGUGAGGCUUGGAUUCAUUCCUUCAAUUUAAUAUAUAUAGGAUAUAGCCAUGACGCAACAUCACCUUUGAGUCGCCUGGGGCGAAUUGAGUACAUGGCCGAGGCCAAAGCCAUAAGCAGGGAGGUUUUGCAGGAGAGGAUCUUCAGAUCCACCAACUCCAGAGGCUCAAACAGGGCCGUACACAGUGCCUCCAAAACCAGUGCCAAGUCCCAUGUGGGUGCAAUAGGUUUAGAAACCGGUCUGAGACCCCGGUGAGGCUCCAUCAAUUCCCACAUGACCCACUGAGAUAGUGGGUCAGAAUGCCUGUCCCUGCUCAAAAAGCUCCUGUAGGAACAUAAGGAUGACCCUCACAGUGCACUGAAAAGGAACACGUCCUUUCUCUUGGCACCAGAGCUCAAGCGCUUGCCACUUAUACGCAUACAGCCCUCUCAUGGAGGGCACCCUUGCAGACUGAAUGGUAGCAAUAACAUUUAGAGGGAAACCUCUAGCCAUCAGAUUGGCCUUCUCAGGGGCCAGGCCCAUAGGAACCAAAUCUCCGGCCUGGGACAACAGGUGCGCCUGGGACAACAGGUCCCUGCGCAACGGGAGUUGCCACGGGUCACCACCUAAAAGGCGAACGAUCUCCACGAACCAAGGGGCCAACGGGGAGCUACAACAAUCAAUAAUAAGCCCUCCCGGUGUGCCCUCUCCAACGUGGGCUGAAUCAGAAACACUGGCAGAAACUCGUAAAGGAGGGUCCGAGGCCACUGGUGCGCCAGAGUGUCCGUUCCCAUCAAGAAAUGUAUACGUCACUGCGCAUUUUCUCGCGAUGCUUAAAGAUCUACGUCAGCCUUGCCAAAAAUGCCCCAUACCUGGGAGACCAGCAGGGGUGUAGCCUCCACUUCUGAGAGAGUGGGUUCUACCUGGAUAAAAUAUAUACACCCGAGUUGAAGCAAACGGGGACAUGCAUUGCCCAUCAAUAGGGAGUGAGCCAAGGUUAGGAGGGAGAGAGACAGCAUCUCUCCCUGUCUGUUGAUUCACUCCACCACUGACAUAUUGCCGGUUCUGACCAGCACAAGCCGGCCCGACAAAAGCAGGGGGAAGCGCCUGAGCACCAGAUACGGCGUUAGGAGCUCCGGGUAACUGAUAUGCAGUGCACACCGCACCGGUUUCCACGUAGGUCUAGAAUGGGACACAAUGUUCAGUCCAUUUUCGGAACCAGGAAAUACUAGCUGUACCAGGAUCUUCCGGGAUCUUCGACAUAGGAACCACUCGUAUUGCUUGUUUCUGGAGACUAUAGGAUAUUUCCUCCCUCAAAACGGGCGUUGAGGCCGCGAGAAUAGUCGAUAGCGUGGAGGACGCACAACAAAUUGUAGCCUGUUCCCUGGCAUCACCGUUCACAUGAUCAAGGGCGACACUGCAGAUGCGCACCAUUGGAUGGAGCAGACAGCGAGCCUCCCAUGAAGAGCCAUCUGAAGGGACGGGACACCACCUUGUAGAGUGGGAGAGAUUGGUUCUUCUUCCAUUUCCACCACUCUUGACAACCAUCAAACUCACAUGUGGGAGACAACACUUUUGACACCUGUGAACACUGUGGAACUUUGGGGUUGAAUAAAUGCUGCCAAGGUUAGCCUAAAGCCCGGCCCACACAAGGGCUUCGAUGAUCAUUCCUGUUCACACUGAGGUGUAAUUGAAGGAAUGAAUCCGAGCCUCACGCUUAUCACCUGUGGAAGGCGGGACUCACAGCAAGGCGCGGAAUUCAUUGACCUUUGGCAGGCGUGACUGUAGAUCCUUCAACUGAAGUCGCGAGAGUGCGACUCCCCAUAGUAUGUUGUACCGAAGUUGACUGACUGAAAGGGAAUACACUGGAUUAGGCUGCCAUUGUGAACAAGACUAUGGUUGAGUUAUUUAUUCUAUACAGCAAACCGAGUGUUAAAAUCUAUUGACAUUAAAGGGUUGUAAUAACUAUUGUGUUGACACAUCUGUUUGUGUUGCCUGAAAAGGUAUUUUUUUCACUUCAUACACAAAUGUGCAACUUAGAUGCAGUGCAUUCACUAGACAAGAUCAAUCACUUUCUCUCACGGAGAGAGGCAGCAGACUUACAGGCGAUCUAAAGCUUGACAUGACAUGGCUCAGCCCAGUGUACAUCUCCUUUUCACUCAGCACCAUUGAGGCUUUCUCUGUUGUAUUGCCAAUGGGAAUAAUGUCCAUUUGGCACGGAACAAAGGAGGACAUUUACAUCACAAUAGACCUUUUACACUCCUGAUAGUAAACGCAUAAGAGGAACACUACAGGCUGGGGACAAAACCAGACAAAACAAAGGAAGGGCUUUUAUUAUAAGGCUUAGAAAAGAAAGGAUUUUUUAUGUAUACCGAUGUAGAUGAAAUGCAAUAAGGGUAUUAGAUGGAGGCAUUAAGUUGCAUCUGCGCCCUCUCACUCAGCUCCCAGAGAAUAACAGCACACUGCAGAUAGAGCCGUAGCUCUUUUCUCUGUGAUUCCCUCUAUUCUUCCUGGAACCAAUGUACUGUAUGUCUAGUAUUAGAUUUUCCCACUACUACACAAUGGAACAGGAACACUGACAUAUAAUUCUUGCCGAAAUACACCCAUUUGUUCAUCAGGUCAAGACCAUUUGUGUUUAGGUAUGAUGAAGUCAUAAUUUCUCUGAAAAUACAUGUUCUCGUAUUCUGCGCUGGACAUUGUUAAUUCCUCCAGAUAGUGCGGUGCUCUAUCUAUGCAUUCUUCCAAGACUGGCUGAAGGCCACUGAAUUGUCAGAAGCAGGGUCAUCUUCCCAGUAAUCAUUAUGUUCCUUUCCUGCUCCAGCCCACACCUGCAGGUUCAAUAACAUGACUCUGAUCUCCACGCAUGGCUUCCCAGGCUACUACACCAAAAUAAAGUAUGAGAUUCCUGUCCUCAAGAUAAGAUACCUGCAGCUUCUCUUAAUAUCAUUCAACGUCUACAUGGAAGACUGUCGUCAUCAAUGUCAAUGGAAAUGUACAUCAGAGCUUAGGAAUCAUUUAGAUCGCAUGGAUACAGAAAUGGCCUGUAUUACAAAUGUAUAAUACCCAGACGCAGAAUAUACUGUAUCUGCCUAUCAAAGACAUCUUUCAGCAGGCUCUAUAAAAGCUUGAACAUACUACAUAAUGAACAUCUGUUGUAGACUGUGCCAAGCUGACUAACUUCACUCUCCCUGUCCACUACCCACAGCCAUUGCUACUGUGACAGGGACCAUACCCAGCUGUCUCUGCACUCCUGGAUCAACGUAGUGACGGGCAAGAUGGUGGGCAUCGACAGGGCAGCCAAGCACGUGCUGGUGUUGGGGGGCAGGAAGGUGCCCUAUAAUCACCUCAUCCUGUAUACAGGCCAGCAGUACCAGAUUAGAGGGACAUAUAACACACUGGUCUACUACAGGGGUGACAAAGUCAUUUUUCCCCGGGGCCACAUUCGGUCUUCAAUGAGGUCCGCACUGAAAAUGUGUUAUUUCCUUGCCGUCAAAAUAUCCAUAUAUAUUUUUUAAUGUUCUAUGCUCCCUGACUGUCUAGCUUUCAUUUAGGUGAUUAUUAGCAAGCUGAACACUUUCAAGAAACUGUAUGAAUGUAGGUCCAUAAUCAUUUCAACACAGUUCUGAUUUGGUUUUAGUUCUUUUUUUUAAAGUAUAUUGAGUUUGUAUUGGACCGCCUCGCGGGCCGGAUGUUCGACACUCCUUGUCUACUAUGUAAUAGUGUCAGGUGAAAAGCACACUCUGGGCUCUAUUUUAAAAAACCUAACACAAUGAUAAAUCUUAGCGCUGGUGGUAGCGUUAUAGGGUUCAGGGGUGUGUCAGAAAUAUUUUUGUUAUUUUCACAACCGUAAUUAUGGGCGCAGUAGCUGGCGGUGGUGCUAAAGGGCUGGGUUUUGAUGAAUAAACAAGUUGUGGGUGUGUCAAGGCUUGGCCUCUCACUGGCCAAUCAGAACAACGCUCCAUGGCUAAAUAUGUGGUUGCUUCAAGUUGUGUAUUUACGUUUUUUAAUGUAUUCCAUUGUCAUCAAUUCCAAUUAGAAUGUUAGUCCAUUAUAGCCUAGUUCGUUAAAUAGCCUUCCCCAUAUUUGCUAAUGUUGAACAUGUUUGCAGUCCACAUUGUUCUAAUUGCAUUGCUUCAAUAUGGAAAUACAUUGUUAAACAUAGGCUAUAGCAUUCACACUAGGCCUACUGUAAAUUGCAGUCUGGACAUGGACAUGCCAAAGGUAGUCAAUCAACAAGAUUACAUUCACUAAGCUAUUGACGAUACAGUAACUUGUUUUAAAUAGGCUAUGUCCAAAUACAGUUCCAGGCACCAUAAUUGCUCUUUGUGGACAUAUAAUACAAACAAGGCAACUUAGACUACAGAGGGUUUUACGCACAUCCAAACUUUUAACAGGAGCUGGAUAAAGAUCCAAUAUAAAGACAAAUGGGGAACGUCCACUCAAAUAUACUGCUCGCAAAUGUAAUGUUUUAUAAACCUCAUGGAACCAUCUUACAGGUCGUAUUUGCACUUCUCCAGAAAUAGCAGACGAAAUUGCAUUGCAUUCGAGCCAUGUACGAUCUCACCAUAGAUGGGUUGGCUGACAACGUCUAUACAAAAUACUAGCUCCUGUCAAUUGUAUUAUUGCCUAUGUGCGAGGCAGAAAUCUGCCGUUAAUAUGGCAUUAUAGGCUGAAUAGUUUGGAGGAGCGCGUCUUUGGUAAUCAGAAGAGGGGCACUCUUUGAAAAUGGGGAUGGUUAGCCUACUUCAACAAGCGAAAUGCAGUUAUGUGAAUUGUGAAUAAUAAAAAAGGGCAAAAACCUUCAAAGCACUCUCAGUAGACCAUUUAAAACCCCUUUAUUCAUAGACUACUUGGCUAAUGGCCAAGAUAAAAAAGCUAAUGCAAUGCUGCUAAACCAGCGUUUAUUGAGGGGAGGGUAGGCUAUGCUUGAUUAUUGUAUUUUAUUUUAUUAAACGAAUUGGGGGAAACAAAUAAUUGUUUUAUGUUUCUAAAUGUGAGAUUCACCGGCACAAAAGGCACAUCAUUCCUUCCAUGGGCACUGUGCGUCACGGCUGGAUAGGCUGCGCUUCCACUCUCAAAAAUCCAUGAUGCCAUUACCAACUGCUUUACCGUUAAGACCUGCUUUUUGUGGGUCUUAAAACUAUCCCAUUAGCGCUGCAUGAAAUUGUCACUUUUGCGCUUGUUUUUAAGGACAAACCUCAAAUAUUGCCACCCCUUACACCUCAGCGCAAGCGAGCUAAUGUUACAUGGGCAAAUUGCCAAACCUUCCGUUGGGAUGGAAAAUGCCAAGCGUGUCAGCUUUUACAUGACGAAAAAACGAACGUGCGUUUGACACUGGCGCUUCCUUAGCACCAGACGAAAAUAGAGCCCUCUGUUUCUAUAGAUAGAGCAAGUUAUUUCGACAUAAUCGUCAUCAUUUCUCAAUGCCGUUAUGCUGAAUUGAUGACAUACCAUGCUUUUUUUUUUACGUGCACAAUGUUGAAUGAUUGCUGUAAGGAUUUCUGGAUUCUUCCCUGCUAGGUUCCCUGUCCCACUGUUGUGGACAUAAGCCAACGUCCUCCCAACAGCCAGCUCCCAGCCCAGCUGUAGAUACACAGGCCUUUCCCAUCCAACCUCUUUACCCUCAAGAACCACUACGACUGUGUGACAGUCUACCAGUGGCUGCUGAAGAACUUUGUAGAGCUGGAGGGUUUGUAUGUAGCCUUGGUACCAGUCUGUUUGUACCAUCAUGCCACUCCUUGUCAUACCAAGCAAAUGCUGAGGAGUGGCACGAACAGACUAGUAACCAGGCUAGUAUGUACAGUGCAUUCUGAAAGUAUUCAGACCCCUUGACCUUUUCCACAUUUUGUUAGGUUACAGCCUUAUUCUAAAAUGGAUUUUUUUUUUUUUAUCCUCAUCAAUCUACACACUAUACCCCAUAAUGACAAAGUGAAAACAGGUUUUCAUAAAUUAUUGUAAAUGUAUAAAAAAAAAAAAAACUGAAAUACCUUAUUUACAUAAGUAUUCAGACCCUUUAAUAUGAGACUCGAAAUUGAGCUCAGGUGCAUCCUGUUUCCAUUGAUUAUCCUUGAGAUAUUUCUACAACUUGAUUGGAGUCCACCUGUGGUAAAUUCAAUUGAUUGGACAUGAUUUGGAAAGGCACAUACUUGUCUAUAUAAGGUCCUACAGUUGACGGUGCAUGUCAGACCAAAAACCAAGCCAUGAGGUCGAAGGAAUUGUCCAUAGAGCUCAGAGACAGGAUUGUGUCGAGGCACAGAUCUGGGGAAGGGUACCAAAACAUUUCUGCAGCAUUGAAGGUCCCCAAGAACACAGUGGCCUCCAUCAUUCUUAAAUAGAAGAAGUUUGGAACCACCAAGACUCUUCCUAGAGCUGGCCGCCCGGCCAAACUGAGCAAUCGUGGGAGAAGGGCCUUGGUCAAGGAGGUGACCAAGAACCCGAUGGUCACUCUGACAGAGCUCCAGAGUUCAUCUGUGGAGAUGGGAGAACCUUCCAGAAGGACAACCAUCUCUGCAGCACUCCACCAGUCAGGCCUUUAUGGUAGAGUGGCCAGACAGAAGCCACUCCACAGUAAAAGGCACAUGACAGCCCGCUUGGAGUUUGCCAAAAGGUGCCUAAAGGACUCUCAGACCAUGAGAAACAAGAUUAUCUGGAUGCCAAGAGUCACGUCUGGAGGAAACCUGGCACCAUCCCUACAGUGAAGCAUGGUGGUGGCAGCAUCAUGCUGUGGGGAUGUUUUUCAGCGGCAGGGACUGGGAGACUAAUCAGGAUCGAGGGAAAGAUGAACGGAGCAAAGUACAGAGAGAUCCUUGAUGAAAACCUGCUCCAGAGCGCUCAGAAACCCAGACUGGGGCGAAGGUUCACCUUCCAACAGGACAACGACCCUAAGCACACAGCCAAGACAACGUAGGAGUGGCUUCGGGACAAGUCUCUGAAUGUCUUUGAGUGGCCCAGCCAGAGCCCGGAAUUGAACCCAAUCUAACAUCUCUGGAGAGACCUGAAAAUAGCUGUGCAGCGAUGCUCCCCAUCCAACCUGACAAAGCUUGAGAAGAUCUGCAGAGAAGAAUGGGAGAAACUCCUCAAAUACAGGUGUGCCAAGCUUGUAACGUCAUACCCAAGAAGACUAGAGGCUGUAAUCGAUGCCAAAGGUGCUUCAACAAAGUACUGAAUAAAAGGGUUGAAUACUUGUGAUAUUUCAGUUUUUUACUUGUAAUACAUUUGCUAACAUUUCUAAAAACCUGUUUUUGCUUUGUCAUUAUGGGGUAUUGUGUGUAGAUUGAUGAGAAAAAAUACAAUGUAAUCAAUUAAAGAAUAAGGCUGUAAAGUAACAAAAUGUUGAAAAAGUCAAGGGGUCUGAAUGCCUUCCGAAUGCACUGUAUGUACUGUAUGUAGGAAGUGCUAAAGGCAUGAUAACCCCCUUACAUUAAUUUCCACUGAUGUGCCAUUAUUCAACAGCAUAUGAAUAAUAAGGGUAAUUAGUGAGAGGGGGAAAUCUUUCAUCUCUCUCAAACAGGUCUGCCUCCUCCAUCUCCCUUCAUUUACAGGGUGAUAUUAAUUUCUGAGAGGCUUGUGUCCCAAAUGGUAAUCUAUUCCCUAUAUAGUGCACUACUUUUGACCAGAGCCCUAUGGGCUAUAAAGGGAAUAGGGUGCCAUUUGGAACGUAGGCAGAGAAAAGGUUUUCUGUUUUCUGCUGAUGAAAAGUCUGAUGUCAUUAAGUAUAAUUAAUAUUUUUCCUCUGAAGGAAUAUGAGAUGUGCAGUGAUCCAGAUUAAGCCUAUUAUAUUCACUAAUUAGGGGAUCUGUUCAUUAUGGAGGAUAUCAUUACAAAAUGCAAAUUACUGUUACUACAAAUUUAAUGUUGUAGACAGGAUGAAAAUGUGUUGGAAAUGGCUGUAUUUUAUUUGUUCCUUAUUCCAAACAUCUUUUUUUAAAGGAAUGGAGGGAUAAGGAAAAGGAAGGAGGAAUAAUAACGAAUAUAAAUCAUAGAGCAAGCAUUUCAAGCAUUUCAAGUGUACUGGCAGGAUUGCCCUAUGCAGUGGCUCUGUUGUAGCUUUCCACUUCAGCACCAUGGACAGGGACACAGAAAAGAACUGACAAACAGUGAGGUGCUUCAAUAAACUGCUUUCGUUUUCUACAAAAGCAUCAACUUCAUGUUUGCCGUCCCCAUAAACAUGAUUACAAAAUGUUACAUGUUGGAUUGUCACUGGCUACUCAACCAGUUACUUGAACGCUUAUAUGGAUUGGGACAAAAACACACUACUAUGCAAUUCUUCUCCCCCCCCCCCAAAUUGUCAAAUACAGUCUUUUUUAUACAGGCCUUAGCAAUGAUUUUAUUCAGGCUCUACAUCACUGUCUCCCAAAUCAACUGGAAUGCAACCAUUGUUGUUCCUCCCAUUUAGGAUAAUAAGCACAAGGGUAGGAAUGCCUACCUCGAGGAGAAAGCUGCCACUUCCGAAACCUGUGCAUUAAACGACCCAUUCACUGAGGCUAAACUAAUUUAGAUCCUGCUUUGCUGUCAUUAUUAGCAUCAUUGUGUUUUCAUCACCAAGGCAUGUCUUGCAUGCAGAGGCUGAGCUGUAAGAAUUCAGAGGUCACUGGGAUAGCUGCUCUCAUCUCAUCCCCCCACCACAGCUCUUCACUGACAAGGAGAAGAUUAGGCUGUCUUUGUGUGGUUGCCUUGCCCCCUUGUUGAGUAAUUUGUCUGGCUGUAAUAGAUUUCAAUCAAUCCUCCUCUUGUGAUGGUAAAUUGCUCACUAUUCAUUCAAUCUCUGUUCUUUGUUGUAAUGUCCAGUUUUUAUGUUGGCGUGACAGAUAAUACCAUCAUCUACAGCAACACCAUCGAUGUGUACGCCUGUGUGGGGACUCUGUUAAGCCUGGGUGUCGAAGGCUUUCGCAUCCACCUGGUCCAUCUGCCCACUGAUGAAGACUCUAGCUGCAGCCCCAGCUCCUGCUUCAGUAACCACUUGGUGGAGAAGGCCAUGAAGAAGGCCUUGGAGAACAGUGGGGUCCAUGUUCACCACAACUGCCUGCUGGCCCAGAUGAAUGACGGACAGAACCCUGAGUCAAUCACCUUCUUGUCCUUCACCAGCGACAGUCAACCUCUCAGGCUGGAGUGCUCUUUAAGUCCAAAUCAACAACACUGAGAGAAAAGAGGGCUCUUACUAGGGUGUAGUAACCUUAUACUUGAUUCAGUGAAUUGUGUAAGAGGUCUCUAAAAUUGAUUUUUAUAUUUGUUGUCAUUUAGCAGAUGCUCUUAUCCAGAGCAACUUACAGUUAGUGAGUGCAUACAUUUUAUUUUUUAUUUUUUUAUAUAUUUUUUUAUACUGGCCCCCCAUGGGAAUCGAACCCACAACCCUGGCAUUGCAAACACCAUGCUCUACCAACUGACCUACAUCCCUGCCGGCCAUUCCCUCCCCUACCCUGGGCCAAUUGUGCGCCACCCCAUGGGUCUCCCCGUAGCGGCCGGCUACGACAGCCUGGAUUCAAACCAGGAUCUCUAGUGGCACAGCUAGCCUUAGACCACUGCGCCACUCGGGAUUGUACAAAACACAGGAGGUUGGUGGCACCUUAAUUGGGGAGAACGGGCUCGUGGUAAUGACUGGAGCGGAAUCAGUGGAAUGGUAUCAAAUACAUCAAUCACAUGGUUUCCAGGUGUUUGAUGCCAUCCCAUUUGCUCUGUUCCGACCAUUAUUAUGAGCCGUUCACCCCUCAGCAGCCUCCACUGGUACAAAAGUGGUCUGUGGUAUUUUUUUCCCAAAGUGCUUCAAUCAUUGUUGUUUUCUUAUUGUCCAUUUUUAUUGUGGAUUUCAUAAUCUUAUGAGCAGAGUAAAAUAGCUGGUAGCAAGAGGGUUUUGAUACAAAUGUAGUAAAACUGUUCACGUCCUUGAUUUCUUCUUGUGGGUUUUCAUGAACCUCUCCUCCAAAGGGGUGGACUACGAUGCCUUUCAGUCCAUCAACAAUGCCUGUCUGGUGUACGACGGCCGACUGGUCAUAGACACCACCUUCCAUACCAGCGACUCCACCAUCCAUGCUGCCGGGCCUCUCACCAAGUUCCCCCGGCGCUACCUCGCAGACCAGUGGUCCCACUCCAGAUUCAACUCCAGGGAGGUGUGCCAGGAGCUGGCUGCUAUUCUGCUGCCCUUCUUCGACCCCACCCUGGAACCGGCCAUCAACCCUCCAGCCGACCUGGACCGCCUCAUCACCAUCUACACACAGGCCAAGAUUCAAGGUCUGCUGCCGUCCAACAAGCGGCUUAUUAUGCUUACCCAAUAAUAAUGCAUUCAAUCACAGUUGGGCUCAAUUGAACUCAAUUGAUUGAACAUGAAAUUGAUUGAAAUAUGAUUGAAAUAGCCUAUAUAGGCCCAUGUAGCCUAUGUAUCUUUUAAUGCCGUCAUCUCGGUUUUCAUUUGAAGAAUACCAGCUAUUAUCCUUCACUUGUUUGUAACAAUUUCAAAUACUUUGGCAACUUUGUAUUUGUAGUAUUGUAAGUUAUCGGCAGUCACAGUCAGAUAGCCUAAACAUACUGAUUCUAUGUUUAGAGGAGAUCUGUGAAUAAUGUGAUGCGGAAGGGCAAAAAAGCAUCUAACGAUGCACUUUGGCUGCUCUAUGAGUGGUCUGGAUCACUCGUAGAUGUGUAAAGAUUUUUAAGAGCCACGUUACUAACGAAGGCUCUGGGAAACCCCUCAGCUACUAAAGACACAUCGUAAGAAGGGUCUAACAAUUAUCUUAAUGCUACGAAGGCUCUGGGAAACGAGGCUGAGUCAUAAUUCUGAUUAAAACGAAUUGUAUUUUUUUCUAUCACUGUGUUUAUGUAUUGAAAACCACACAUUAGCACAUUGUCUAUCGUGUUAUGCAAGGUCUGUUCAGGAGAAUGUACUCCAUCUCACAUUUUUAUGCAAAGUUCCAUUAUUCCCUGGUAAUGGAAUCUCUGAGAAACUCACUUCUUUGUUAUUUUACUGUGUUUGAUAAUCAAGCAACAUUGACCUAUUCUGUAUUUAGUUAGUCACAUGGGAAACAAGGUUAUGUGUUCACAAUACAAUCACUUCUCUUUGUCCUUUUCGAACGAAUGAAAUAGCCUUUAACUUUUUUCAAUGGUAGAAAUUCCAUAUCAUCACCAGGCAUUUCACUGCUCAUUCUGAAGCAUUUUCUAUUCCACUGUAGUAGUCAUCCACACAUAUAAAAUUCUGUUCAUUUGAAAAUACAUACUGUAACUAUUUAUUGCUCAUCAAGUUACCAAGUUCCAAGUUUUUAUUCUUAUCAGUAUUAUUCUUAUUUGUUUUUUUACAAUUAUUAUUACCAUGUGUUUUUGUAAAUAUUAGACUAAUUAGGUACAGUAUUUCAUACCACCCCACGUGUCUUAACCUUGGAAGAUACUGUAUAUGUUGGAACCAUGCCUGGGUUUUCAUUGUUUAUUGGCAUCAGUAAACCCAUAAACCCCUGUUUAGCUGUACUAUCUGCUUUUAACAUCUAUACACCAAGAUGGGAGACUGCCGGGAGGUUUGAGCAAAGGCCGUCUUGACCCUGUAGAGGUAAGUGCUAUUUUAAAUGCUCACUAGAAAGUGUUUGACUUGAUUAUUUUUUCCACAUACAGUUGAAGUCAGAAGUUUAAAUACACUUAGGUUGGAGUCAUUAAAACUCGUUUUUCAACCACUCCACAAAUGUCUUGUUAACAAACUAUCAUUUUGGCAAGUCGGUUAGGACAUCUACUUUGUGAAUGACACAAGUAAUUUUUCCAACAAAUGUUUACAGACAAAUUAUUUCACUAAUAAUUCACUGUAUCACAAUUCCAGUGGGUCAGAAGUUUACAUACACUAAGUUGACUGUGCCUUUAAACAGCUUGGAAAAUUCCAGAAAAUGAUGUCAUGGCUUUAGAAGCUUCUGAUAGGCUAAUUGACAUAAUUUGAGUCAAUUGGAGGUGUACCUGUGGAUGUAUUUCAAGGCCUACCUUCAAACUCAGUGCCUCGUUGCUUGACAUCAUGGGAAAAUCAAAAGAAUUCAGCCAAGACCUCAGAAAAAAAUGUGUAGACCUCCACAAGUCUGGUUCAUCCUUGGGAGCAAUUUCCAAACGCCUGAAGGUACCACGUUCAUCUGUACAAACAAUAGUAUGCAAGUAUAAACACCAUGGGACCACGCAGCCAUCAUACCGCUCAGGAAGGAGACGCGUUCUGUCUCCUAGAGAUCAAAUCAAAUCAAAUUUUAUUGGCCACAUGCGCCGAAUACAACAGGUGCAGACAUUACAGUGAAAUGCUUACUUACAGCCCUUAACCAACAGUGCAUUUAUUUUUAACAAGUAAAAAUAAAACAACAACAAAAAAAGUGUUGAGAAAAAAAGAGCAGAAGUAAAAUAAAAUAACAGUAGGGAGGCUAUAUAUACAGGGGGGUACCGGUGCAGAGUCAAUGUGCGGGGGCACCGGCUAGUUGAGGUAGUUGAAGUAAUAUGUACAUGUGGGUAGAGUUAAAGUGACUAUGCAUAAAUAAUUAACAGAGUAGCAGCAGCGUAAAAGGAUGGGGUGGAGGGGCAGUGCAAAUAGUCCGGGUAGCCAUGAUUAGCUGUUCAGGAGUCUUAUGGCUUGGGGGUAGAAGCUGUUGAGAAGACUUUUGGACCUAGACUUGGCACUCCGGUACCGCUUGCCGUGCGGUAGCAGAGAGAACAGUCUAUGACUAGGGUGGCUGGAGUCUUUGACAAUUUUGAGGGCCUUCCUCUGACACCGCCUGGUAUAGAGGUCCUGGAUGGCAGGAAGCUUGGCCCCAGUGAUGUACUGGGCCGUACGCACUACCCUCUGUAGUGCCUUGCGGUCGGAGGCCAAGCAGUUGCCAUACCAGGCGGUGAUGCAACCAGUCAGGAUGCUCUCGAUGGUGCAGCUGUAGAAUAUUUUGAGGAUCUGAGGACCCAUACCAAAUCUUUUCAGUCUCCUGAGGGGGAAUAGGCUUUGUCGUGCCCUCUUCACGACUGUCUUGGUGUGUUUGGACCAUGAUAGUUCGUUGGUGAUGUGGACACCAAGGAACUUGAAGCUCUCAACCUGUUCCACUACAGCCCCGUCGAUGAGAAUGGGGGCGUGCUCAGUCCUCUUUUUUUUACUGUAGUCCACAAUCAUCUCCUUUGUCUUGAUGAACAUACUUUGGUGCGAAAAUUGCAAAUCAGUCCCAGAACAACAUGGUGGAGACCAUCACCUGUCUGUCACUGAAGCCUCUCCCAGUGUCCAACUACCUGUGCAUCUUCACAAGGACCUUGUGAAGAUGCUGGAGGAAGCAGGUACAAAAGUAUCUAUAUCCACAGUAAAACGGGUCCUAUAUCAACAUAACCUGAAAGGCCGCUCAGCAAGGAAGAAGACACUGCUCCAAAACCGCCAUAAAAAAGCCAGACUACGGUUUGCAACUGCACAUGGGGACAAAGAUCGUACUUUUUUGAGAAAUGUCCUCUGGUCUGAUGAAACAAAAAUAGAACUGUUUGGCCAUUAUGACCAUCGUUAUGUUUGGAGGAAAAAGGGGGUGCUUGCAAGCCGAAGAACACCAUCCCAACCGUGAAGCACGGGGGAUGGCAGCAUCAUGCUGUGGGGGUGGUUUUCUGCAGGAGGGACUGGUGCACUUCAUAAAAUAGAUGGCAUCAUGAGGAAGGAAAAUUAUGUGGAUAUAUUGAAGCAACAUCUCAAGACAUCAGUCAGGAAGUUAAAGCUUGGUUGCAAAUGGGUCUUCCAAAUGGACAAUAACCCCAAGCAUACUUCCAAAGUUGUAGCAAAAUGGCUUAAGGACAACAAAGUCAAGGUAUUGGAGUGGCCAUCACAAAGCCCUGACUUCAAACCUAUAGAAAAUGUGUGGGCAGAACUGAAAAAGCGUGUGCGAGCAAGGAGGCUUACAAACCUGACUCAGUUACACCAGCUCUGUCAGGAGGAAUGGGCCAAAAUUCACCCAACUUAUUGUGGGAAGCUUGGGGAAGGCUACCCAACACGUUUGACCCAAGUUAAACAAUUUAAAGGCAAUGCUACCAAAUACUAAUUGAGUGUAUGUAAACUUCUGACCCACUGGGAAUGUGAUGAAAGAAAUAAAAGCUGAAAUAAAUCAUUCUCUCUACUAUUAUUCUGACAUUUCACAUUCUUAAAAUAAAGUGGUGAUCCUAACUGACCUAAGACAGGACAUUUUUACUAGGAUUAAAUGUCAGAAAUUGCGAAAAACUGAGUUUAAAUGUAUUUGGCUAAGGUGUAUGUAAACUUCCGACUUCAACUGUAGGUAUGCAUUUAUCUUUGUGACUUAAUUCAACUGCUCAUUUUGCAAAGUAAGAUCUAUGAUUUAUCUCUCAAUUACUUUGAUCAUUAGAACAUUUUAGUAAGAGAUAUGAAAAGGAUAGGGAUAAUGUUUUUAAGUUGUGCUGUUAACAACAACACUGGAAUCUCUAUCUGAUCGGUCCUAUUUUCCCCAGGGCCGAGAGAUCCUGACUGGCCACAUAGACUGGCAACUACUUCCACCUGCACCUGAACCAGUAUGACAUGGUGGAGACCAUCACCUGUCUGUCACUGAAGCCUCUCCCAGUGUCCAACUACCUGUGUCUCUAUUGGAAACAUGAGCUGCUGCUCAACCACCUGUGUUCCCGUUAUGAUGAAGGCCUGGUUCACGACCUCUACAGGUAGCCGCUGGGGCUGUUUACAUUACAGCACCAUACAGAGAGGAGAGGGAGGAAGUAGGGAUGUUCAGGUCACUGGAAAGAUAUAGUUACAUUUCAAAUGUUUACAGACAAGACAAGUAUGGUAUAGGGAGUGGUAAAGAAAUGUUUGUCUUUAUUAGGAGUUGCAUAAAUCAGCCUCUUGAAGUAGGCAGCUCUCUCAGAUACUAUCCCCUGUCAGUGUUUCCUGGUAGGCUAGCAUUUGAAGAACUGUGUGUGGGUGACCUCGUUUCUGAUGUUUCAACACAAGCGACCCCCAGAUAUAGGAACCAUUGUCCCUGGUUCUAAUCUGUUUAUGCAGAUCCCCAAUCUGCUUUUCUGCUCUUUGGAGGAGACAAUGGCUUAGCCACCCUGCAGUGGUCAUAAGGCUCUGUAACUCAUGUUAAAUCUGUUUUUUCAUUGGACCUUGUCAUGGCUCUGAAUGAGGCCACUCUCAAUGUCAUUAUUGAAGCUAACUGAACACAUCAUGAACCGGUAAAAUAAUUGAUUGACCAUGCUGCUGCUGCUGUUGUUGGUGGUUAUUAGGUUAUUAGAUGAACGCACUAACUGUGUGUGUGUGUGUGUGUGUGUGUGGUUUUGUACUUAUUUCAGGGAGAAAUGGUGCCUGGCAAUAUAUCAUGAUCACUUUGCGGACUUUGUGCAGGAAAUGCACCCAAUCAUGGAAUCAAGUGCAGGUUUGAUUUCUCGCAUCUUUCUCGAUUCAUAUUCAUAAGGAUAAUGUGUGAAACGUUUGAGUGUUUGCUUGUUAUUUGCAUGAGUAUUUGUCUACCAAUACUAUUUGUUAUAGUUGAGGGGGUAGGUACAAUAGAAAGGACAUUUUUAACAAAGACUUUCUCCUUUUCUCCAGGACCACAAUGAUGUGUCCAUUACAGAGCUCAUUCAGAGAAUGGUGGAUGAGAAGCUGGACAUUAUUGAGCCAAACAUGUUUCUCAAGAAGGUAUUUGAGGAAAGUGGGGGUCUGGCUUCCCUGAAGACCAGCACUCUGAAUUACCUGAGGUACAACAGAUACCAUGUAUCCAUGUAUGCCCAGCCUGGACUACUGUAA